ACAGUCUGCGCACUAACCGUAGUAUGUUCAUAAACUUGCAGAUAAAAAAACGUUCUCCAGUGGACGUACCAUUUGCGCGGGAAUUUGACUUGUGAGUGCGUUCGGAAUAUUUUUCAAUAUUGAACUAGUGUUUUUGAGUGUUUUUUUGUGUGUCAUCAGUCUAAUUCAUACAAUGGGAUCCUUACCGCGCAUGUCCGUGGUGACGGGAGCGAGGAGCGUUGUGCCGACCGCCCCUCUCACGCAUCACCUGCGACAUUUCAACAGCGAUAGAGUCGCUUUGAUGUACUCAGAUGAGACCUGCAAUGUGAGAGUGAGUUAUUCUGAGCUGUUUGCUCGUACAAACGCUCUCGGCCGCGCUAUAACGAACAGAGCUCGCUCUACCGCCUGCAACAGAGAUGGAGACUACGUCAUUGCUGUCUGCAUGCAACCAACACACAAUACCAUUCUGGCCCUUUUGGCGACGUGGAAAGCCGGUGCUGCAUACGUGCCAAUGGAACCCAGUUUUCCCCAGGCCAGGAUUUCACACAUACUGAAAGAUUCUGAGCCAUCUCUGGUGAUUUAUGAUAGCAGCGCAAAUUCAGCUGCAUUUACCGAUAGUGGAGUACCAUCAGUGUCCUUUGAAGAAUUAGCGCAGGAAGCUAGCGGCUUGGCUUCCGACGAGCUUCAAGAUAUGGAAAUGCUUACACUAUCUGGAAAUGAUAGCAUUGCCAUUGUGCUAUACACUUCUGGAAGCACUGGAAUACCUAAAGGAGUUCGUCUUCCAUAUUCGGCAAUUUGCAACCGACUUUGGUGGCAGUUCCACACAUUUCCAUAUUUAGACAUGGAAGCGACUUGUGUGUGGAAGACUGCCCUUACGUUUGUGGACUCAGUAUGCGAAAUAUGGGGUCCAUUGUUGCACGGCAGGUCCCUGCUUAUCCUCUCCAGGGAGACCACUAGGGACCCGCAGAAACUUGUCAAAAUACUGUCGGAUUAUAAGGUCCAUCGCCUCGUUCUGGUGCCAACUCUGCUUCGCUCAAUCCUUAUGUACCUCUCCCUAAAUCCUUCGGGUAAACCUCUUCAGCAUCUCAAACUAUGGAUCUGUUCAGGCGAGACUCUUAGUAAGGAGUUGGCUUUGCAGUUCUUUAAGAAUUUCGGUGACCACGAUGGAUAUAAAUUGGCCAAUUUCUAUGGAAGUACAGAGGUCAUGGGUGAUGUCACUUAUUACGUUCUUGAAAAGAGUGGCCAGCUAGAUAUACAUCCUACGAUUCCUAUUGGCAGUCCACUAGAUAACUGCGCAGUUUACCUUCUGGAUGAGGAACUAAGCCCAGCGCCCGAAGCAGAACCGGGAGAAGUGUGGGUGGCGGGACGAAACCUUGCCAGUGGAUAUGUGGGCGGACAAGGGGCUGACCGUUUUUGUGAUAAUCCACAUGCCAACCAUCCUGAUUUCGGCCGUCUCUACCGCACAGGCGAUUUUGGCACUCUGCAUAAAGGAGUCAUUUUGUACGCUGGCCGUACUGAUUCACAAGUCAAGAUCAGAGGCCACAGAGUAGAUUUGUUGGAAGUAGACAAGGCAGUUUCUGCUGUCCCUGGUGUUGAGAAAUCUGUUGUUCUUUGCUAUGGAUUGGACCACGGCAACCCUGAAAUACUCGCCUUCGUCACCAUAAAACCUGAAGUCAGGACAUCGGCUCAACAUAUAGAAGCGAAUUUGAAGAAUUCUCUUACACAUUAUAUGAUACCGCAGGUUAUUGAAAUAGAAAGCUUCCCACUGCUCGUUAACGGCAAGGUCGACAGACAAUCUCUGUUGAAAAUGUACGAGAAUACUAACAAUAAUGAUGAUUCAGAAAUCCCGUUAGACAUCGACUACACAGGAGUAGAAGCCGAGAAGAUGGAAGCAGCGCGCGUGUUGUUCGAGACUGUGGCGGAAGUUCUGGGACGAGCGGCAAGAGGCGCCCUCUCUAUCAGAGUUGGUUUCUAUGAACUGGGAGGGAAUUCGUUGAACUCCAUUUAUACCAUCACCAGGCUUCGUGAUAAGGGCUAUUUUAUUGAAAUAAGUGAUUUCUUGGGAGCCGCCAAUCUAGGUGAGGUACUAGCAAAGAUGUCCACUGAUUCAGAAGAAAAUAAUGACGCCAAAGAGCCACAGUUCACAGCUGUGCCGAUGCGGGAUGAACACAAACAAGAAGUCAUUGACAUGAUAGUGUCGUCGUUCUACGAGAAGGCGGAGCUGGAGCAGUUCCUGAAGCACGAGAUCGAGACGCGCGACUACGCGCUGUGCGUGCACGCGUGCUGGGCGGCGCUGCUGCACGCGCGACUCAGCGUCGUGCUCAACGACGCUAACGGCACUCCUGUAGCGGUAGCAUUGAACUUCGAUGCUCGCGAUGAACCAGAGAUCGAGCUAGCGGGAGGACUCGCAAAGAUCAUGGGAUUCUUAGAGUACGUGGAGGGUUCAGUAAGAGACACCAUGCUGCCUGGUGGGAAAGGUACAGUCCUGCACUCGUUCAUGAUGGCGACAGCGGAGUAUCUCAGCCCGCAGGACAACGUGGCGGCCAUCCGCGCGCUCGAGCACGCCACCAUGAACGUGGCGCGAGAGAGGCGAUUCCUCGGCGUCUUCACUACCAACACUAGCCCUCUUACUCAGCAAUUGGGCACUGACAUCCUGGGCUUCCAGACUCUGCUAGACUACCAAGUGAACCAAUACGUCGACGCCAACGGAGAACGGACUUUCGGCAAAGCGCCCGACGACAUGCGGGCCGUGGUCUGUUGGAAACCCGUUGAUUAGACUAUAUAUUGUUAAUAUUAGAAAUUACAUCACAAAUACGAAUUAUGAGUGAGAAUUUUAUAUCUCAAAUGAUAAGUUUUGGUUGGUCCGUGUGACAUUGUAGAGAAGAUUACGUGGCAAUAGGUAAAAGUACCUAUGUUGUUAGCCGUUCCUGAAUCUCAUAAAUACAUUCAUUAUCCCGGUGAAACUGUGAAGGCUAAUAAAUACGUAUAUACAUAAAACAAAGUCGUAUAUAUGUAUAGACAUUGAGUACAUAAAAUUAAUUGAAAUAUCAAAAACCGAUUUACUAUAUAUGGUCAGGUUCCUAAUUUCUUUGUUUGUAAAUAUGGCAUAAAAAGACAUCUAACUUAUUACUACUACUUAUUACGUAUUUGCUUCGACAUUUUAUGGAAAGCAGUUAAACUAUACCUACUAAGUAUGUUAGAUAUAAAUAAAUGGUAAAUAUUUAUAAUUAUAGAUCGCAUAAGUAUGUAAGUAUAGGAAAGUGAGUGUGUUUAGUCUAGUUAAGAUAUAGGCUAUAGCGUGAAGUUGUGAUGAGUAUCGAAUUUUACAAUGGUAAUGUUCACCUCGCAUGUAUACAUAUAAUAAAAUCAUAACAGAACGAUGUCUGUAACAUUAUAGAUAUUGAAGAAAAAUAUUAUAUAGGGCUCUUUAUUAGAGCAAUAGAAGCCAAAACAACAGUUUUUAUAAUUAUCUGUCCGUCUAUAUGUUUGUACACGCAUCUUGCAAAAACUACUGCAUGGAAUAAAAUGCUUUCACCGGUGUAUUCCCAGUGCUCUAACUUAAAAUAUAGACUUCACUUUAUCCUACAAAACGAUUUAAUGUGGGCGGAGCCACGAGGAAAAGUUAGUUGAUAAUAACUUGACGGUAUUAUAUCGAUAAAUUACAUUACGCAGAAAAAUUUUGAAGUCGACAUACAUUUAGAAUCUAAAGCAGGAAAUGUAGACAUGAAAACGGAAAACUAAAAAGUAUUAUUUGUGUAGAACUGCGCAGUAUAUAUUAUACGAAAAGUAUUACGGUAUUUUACAUUUAUUUGUAACUUUUUUUUAUACCUAAUAAUAUCAGUCCUGUAUUAUAUACUCCCACUGUUGGGCACGGGCCUCUAUUCCUACUGAGAGGGUUUAGGUCUUAGUCCACCACGCUAGCCUAGUGCGGGAUUGGCCAACUUCACAUACGUUCGAAAUUCUUUUUGGAGAAUUCUUAGGUAUAUGGAUUUUCUCAUGACGUUAUCAAGUACGUACAUUCGUGAACUCAGAACUGUGUGCCUUGGGUUUUGAACCUACACUUCUCUCGUUCAGACCAUUGCCAACUAAGCUAUCGAGCAUUUACACCUGCUCAUUAACAUUAAUUAUUUUAAUACAUUGUAUUCAUUAAAUUGGUGGAAAACGUAAGGAAACAAAA